AUGAGCCAAUAUCUUUCCCAAAAGGACAAAUAUGAUAUUGUCGAAGAGAUCUACAAGCACGGUCAAGCUGCUGAAAAGCAAAGAUUCAAAGAAUUUGUCUCCGCUACAAGAAUGCAGAGAUGGUGGCGAGGGAGGAUAGCCAGGAUAAGACUGACAAACGCCGUCGAAGCGGCCUCUACUGUCAGUCGAUUCAUGGGAGCCGUCAAGGCAAAAAAGAUUCUGAUGCGAUGUAUAAAAAAGAGGGUUCUUCUUGAUCAACGCGAGUUCUUUGACCAGAAGAUUGUUAAAUUUCAAGCUCUAUGGCGUGGAUAUGCAAGUCGAAAAAACAAAUUCUCAUAUUAUCAGUGGAAACGUGAUUUAGCGAAACUUGAAAUCAUAAACGAAAUAACACUACGAAAUCUCAAGCAGUAUAAAAUCAUGAAACAACUCGAAGAAGCUCAACAAAAGAACGAAAAAGAAAACAAAUUAGAAAAAAAUCGACCAAACUACGAACCUAUUAAUUAUCUGACUUGCACUUCGACUCAAAUCGUGGACAGAAGCAAGGUUAUUCAUAAAAAAAAGCGUUCCGAAAUCAUCCCUUCCUGCAUGAUAAACGUCUUUGAGGAAAAGAAACCGCCAGUUCAGCUAAAUCCGAUAAAAUCUCGUGGAAGACCAAAAGGACCAUUUCGAUCUGAGGCAGCUGUCAAUAAGCAGAAAAUGCGAGCGCCGAGUCCGACUUUGAGAGUGGCAACUCCCUAUGAUUUUCAUAAAAAUAAAAAGCAAUACGAAAAUAAACUUUGGUGGAUAAGAAGAAUUCAAGAUCCAAUGAAGUUCGAAAAGGUGUCGAAACCAUCAUACGAACGUACUCUUUGGGGACUAACGAAAUUCUAUCCUGGUGAAUUGACGACAUUCAAUUUACGCGACGAGUACGAAGACCCAAACAGACCAAAGUUUAGAUCUCAAGUGAGAAGCAUACCACUCUUUGAUCAAUUUGGGCGAACCUAUAAUGAAAGAUAG